AAUUCAUUAAAGCAUCAUCGGAGUCUUCCACCUGUUGGUGUGUGGUCCGUGCCAGGAUGAUGCAGACAUACAGGUACGUCUGGCAUUUUCAUGGUGGUGAUGGUGCUGUCAGACAAGCAAGCUGUUGCCAGGCGGCAGGUUUGUGUCGACACCGCACACCUGCUCAGGUGAGUUCCCGCCCUCUGCCUACGCUCCACCCUUCCCUGUGAUUUUAGCCAAUCACAACGCAAAGUUACAUUUGAGUCAGGUGUGUGUGCACGGACGAGUGCUUUCAAGAGCCAUUUUCUUGUCUGGCCCCGCAAGGGAUGACUGCAGUCAUGGAGCAGUGGCACAGAAGAAUGAACAUGGACUUCUCUCCCCUACACACAUACACGCCCCCACAGUGUGCCCCGGACAACACCGGAUACACGUACUCCCUCAGCUCCAGUUAUUCGUUGGCGGCGUUGGAGUUUGAGCAGGAGCACCACAUCGCUCCGGUCUACGACUCGCCCAGGAUGUCGCGCAAGAGCCUUCGCCUCCACACUGCCACGGGUCUCUAUGGCAACGACGGCCUGGACGAGCAGUCGCACAACCACAGCGUCAGCUACAGCAGCAGCAGCGCCAGCGGAUCAACGAGACGAACUGUCCGAAGCCGGAGGCAGCAGCAGCAGCAGCAGCAGUCCUCAGCGGAACUGCAGACGGACUCCCAGACGCUGACGCAGACGCUGACGCAGACGCAGACGCCCAUACGCAGGACCCUGCGCAGCCACAGCAGCUAUGUGCUGGGCCAGGCCCAAACGGACGCCUCGCUCUCGGGGAGCCUCCUCGACGGGGCAAGCCUCAAGGAGCACGCCACCUCCACUCCUAAAGUCUGGGGUACAGAACUCGAGGCUGACCUUAAAGCAGGACGCAGCGUUCGGACAGAGCACAGCUCAUCAUCACGGGUCAACGGCAAUGCCAGCGUCACGCACUCGCACACGACCGUCGCCAACGGCUACAUCUGCCGCGAUUGCUCCCUCCACGGCGAGAACAAAGACGCCCUGACCGCGUACUCUUCAUCAGGCACGUCAUCAUCAUCUUCAUCAUCAUCCACUUCUGCUGCCGCGUUGGCCUCAGCAGUGGCCGGUGGUGAUGCCGGCCUGCACCGGACCACCACCUCCAUCUACAGCAGCAAGCGCAGCCAGAAACACCGGACAGGUGUGCUGGCGUGUGUCUCGGGCGCGUGUCUCCACCAGAGCAGACGGGCGCUGACCUCCGUGUUCACCUUCAUCACCCUCCUCUUCCACAGACUGCUGGGCGACUCUAGUGCCCACACGCAGCAGCAGGACUCCAGCAAAGGUGUGCUGGUGUCCGUGUUGGACACGUUGUGGGGUGCGGGCGCUGCAUUCUGGGAGAACGUGCGGGUGCUGAAGUGGAGACUACAGCAAAGACUCUUUUACAGGAACCCCCAGCCGAAAGCUCACUCCAGUUACUGUGGCAGCAUGAACGUGAAGGACCUAGUGACGGGUGACGGACAUCUCAACCUAAAUGGAUCUCUGUGUGACGACUGUAAAGGGAGCCAACACCUGGAGUCUCACACACUCCACACACACUCCUCACGACGCAGAGGCCUGCUGGGGGCACUGCUGGCCCUCCUGACUUACACAGGUGCAGGUGUGCUGCAGGUGUGUCGUGCCAUCGCCUCCACCGGAGCCAACGUCACCAGGAAGCUGCUGGCGCUGCUAUGGCUUGUCCUCUUAGCUCCAGGGAAAGCUGCGAAGGCGGCGUUCUGGUGGCUGGGGGCGGCAUGGUACCAGUUUAUCACACUCAUGUCCCUGCUCAACGUCUUCUUCCUGACCAGGUGCCUGCCCAAACUAUGGAAGCUCUUGCCGUUUCUGCUGGCCUUCCUGCUACUUCUGGGUCUGUGGUACCUGGGUCCGUCCAGCCUGUUGGGCCUGCUGCCUGUGGUCAACCUGACGGAGUGGAGCUCGGAGUCUCUCUACUCCCUGCUGCCCUCCUCCUCACUGUUCCCCGCCGCGGACGCCCCCAUGGAGCAGGCCCCCCCACUACCCCCCAUCUCCAGCCCCACACCCGCUACACCCUCCGUCCAACAGCAGUCCGAGGCUGAGGCUCGUUUGCUGGCGGCUCUGGCUGCGGACGCCGAGCGCCUGUCCCUGCUGGAGGGGCGCGUGGCCGCACUGUGGCAGAGUGUCCAGCAGGGGGAGCGGCAGCAGGAGGAGCAGCAUGGCGAGGCGCUGGGCCUCUACCGGAGCCUGGAGGAGCAGCUGCGCACGGCCACUGACCGCCACACGCUCGGCCUCUGGGUGUCCGGCCUGCUGGAGGACAAGCUGAGCGCGCUCAGAGCCCACCUGGAGCGGCAGGCCAAUCAGAGAGCAGAGUCUCAGGAGCAGUAUGUGGUGGAGCAGAAGGCUCACAAGACUCGCCUAGCUGAACUGGAGAUCCUGCUGCAGGCACUGGCUGCCAAGACUGAGGAGGUGCAGCAUGGGCAGAAGGAUCAGGAAGCUGAAGCAGCCGUCCCUCCUCCUCCAGUCAGUGUGGGGGUGGGCCAGGAGGAGCAUGAUGCUUUGCUGCAGCAAGUGGGGCGGUUGGAGGCGGAGCUGGGCCGCAUCAGAGACGACCUCCAGGGAGUUAUGGGAUGUCGCGGGCGCUGUGAGCAGCUGGACACCCUGAAAGAAACUGUGUCUGCCCAGGUGUCUGCGCAGGUGAGCGCGGGGGUGCGGCGUGAGCUGCAGGCUCUGUUCUACGGCGGUGAGGCGGGGGCUGGGGCGGACGACGCACGGCUGCCGGAGUCUCUGCUCCAGUGGCUAUCAGCGCGCUUCGUCCGCGGAGACGACCUGCACGCCUCGCUCGCCGCCCUGGAGAAGAGCAUUCUGGGUAACGUGUCCCUGCAGCUGGAGCAGAACAGGCAGCCAGCCUGCGCCGAGACGGUCACCCAGAGCGUCACACACACCGCCCUGGCCGCUGGGAUGAACGAGCAGGAUGUCCACCUCAUCGUCCAGAACGCUUUGAGACUCUACUCCCAGGACCGCACCGGGAAGGUGGACUACGCCCUGGAGUCCGGAGGUGGCAGUAUCCUGAGCACUCGCUGUUCGGAGACCUACGAGACCAAGACUGCCCUCAUGAGUCUGUUUGGACUGCCCCUCUGGUACUUCUCUCAGUCCCCACGUGUGGUCAUACAGCCUGAUGUGUACCCAGGGAACUGCUGGGCAUUUAAGGGUUCUCAGGGCUACCUGGUCAUCCGGCUGUCCCUGAGCGUGCUGCCCUCCUCCUUCUGUCUGGAGCACAUCCCCAAAGCCCUCAGCCCCACGGGCAGCAUCAGCAGCGCCCCCAGACACUUCACCAUCUACGGACUGGAGGAUGAGUAUCAGGAAGAGGGAAAGCUACUUGGAGAUUACACCUAUGAGGAGGAUGGCGAGUCUCUGCAGACAUUCCCUGUGAUGGAGAAGAAUGACCAGGCCUUCCAGAUCAUUGAGAUGAGGGUGCUGUCCAACUGGGGUCACCCAGAGUACACCUGCCUGUACCGCUUCAGGGUCCACGGCGAACCCAAGCUCAAAUAAGGGCUGGCUCUAGGAACCCUGUGUGUGUGUGUGUGUGUGAGCGAGAGAGAGUGUGUGUAUGUGUAACUUGUAUGUGUGUGUACCAAGGACAUGUACAUAUGAAGAGGAGAAGAGUGAGGCCUGGGAGCAGUGGAUGUGUGUGUGUGUGAUGGGGCACGUUUUCAUAUGAGGAGGAUUAUGUACGUACGUCAGAAUGGAGAAGAUGGCCGUCAUGAAUGUGUGACAGACUAAAAGACGGGACAGCCAUUUGUAAUGGAGGGAAUGAGGAGAAACGAUCCUGAAAGGAUUAACAGGAGCAGAAAGGCUGACUGACUGAACAGAUGAAUGAAUCAGGGAAAGAGGAGUUUGAGCGCCACAGAGUUGUAUUCUCCCAGUUUUGCUCACUAAAUUCAAACCAGCUCUUGCACUGAACCAGACCUUUAUGGAAGGGAGUCCAGCAGGCCCCCACCCCACCGACAUUUAUGCCCUGAGAAUUACGCCGCCGACCUUUGACCUAUAGAUUUAUUUUGCUCUUUGAACCUCAUGCUCUUUGAACCUCAUGCUUCUCUGAACAUCUGGAGUUCAGCUUUUUUUUUUUUUUUGAGAACAUUUUGUAAUGUGUUUCAAAAGGAUCUGUGCAGACAGGCUUGCCACUCAACCCUCCAGUUGUGACAGACACACACACACACUCUGUCUCCCUCCCACAAACUCAUAGACACACCUUCAUUCUCACACUGUGACGGACUCUCUCUUUCACUCUCUCUCUCUUUCACACACACUGUCUCACACACACACAAACCCACACACACUCUCUCUCUCUCUCUCUUACACACACACACACACACAAACCCACACACACUUAUCAAAUUGUUACUCUCCCACCCUAAGCCCUAACUCUAAUUCCCCCCCCCCCACACACACAGACACACAUACACACAGACACACAUACACACACACACACUCACACACACACUCACACACACACACACUUAUCAUCUGUGGAAAAUGUUACUCUCCCACUCUAGUGCCCUGGUUCUAGUGCCCUGGUUAGGCUACUCUUGCUCAUGCUGCUAUAUUGCAUAGGACCAGCAUGCAGUGUUUUGUUUGUGAGUUUUGUUUGUUCUUGUUUGAAUCUCAUGUCCAGUACAUCCCACUGUGUUUUGCUUUAUUUUUAAAUUGUAUUUACAGCCAUAAACCACAACGAUGCUUUGGAUUUCUAUUCUAUUUAAAUUGUAUUUACAGCCAUAAACCACAGUGAUGCUUUGGAUUUCUUUUCUAAUUUUUGUAGACCGUAUGAAUAUGCUCAGGAGAAACUGUGAUGUGUGUGUGUGUGUGUGUGUGUGAUCUCCAUCUUAUCGGUCACCUGUUCUCUGUCUUUGCUUUCCCCUCCCUCACACACACACACACACACACACACACACACACACAUACGCACACACACACACACAACUGGAGUAGGUCAGGAGUGCAUCUAGUCUGUACACACAGAAAGCCAUCUAUCUGUUUAUAUUUUUUUACAUGUAUAGAGUCCAGUCGACAGUCAAUUUCAUUAAUUAAGUUCACUUAUGUUUUUAGGGCAGGUCUAAUUAGUCUAAUUAAGUCUUUACUGCCAAUGCCAUUCAGCAGGAAUGUAAUGUAUAUUUCACUGUCAAUAGCAAGCCCUUUAUUAUCCGCCUAUAUCAGUGUUGCUUUAAAAAAAGGGGUACCUUCUGUCAUCAUGAUUAUAAUUAUUAUUGUAAUAUUAUUACUCAUUUUAAUUAUGUUGUUACUUUUUUUGAUAGAGAAUGCUGAAGAAUGCACUGUUGUGACUUGUUAAAGAAUAUAUGUAUAUUGCAGAAAAGUCCUAAACAAUUUGCCAGAAUUGUCAUUAAACGUGGGGAGGAGAGCGAUAAGGGAGGGUGUGGUAAAACACUUCCUUGUCCUCCGAUUUGUGGACCUAAAAGAGUCUCCAAAUGUACAAAAUGGAUUUGUUCACUAUUUAUUUGAAUUGAAGUUAGCUAUUGAAAAUUAGGACUUUGUGCAGUGUAUUUUUGUAAAAUGCUUCUCAGUGCAUUUUUUGGAAACCAUCUAUAGACAGUAAGGUUUUGUUCAAAAACAAUAAUUAGAUUUUAUUUUUGUUGCUGCUGUCAGAAGAUGGGUAAACUGCUAUGGAAUAAUGUUCCAAAUAAAACUUUUAAUUUUGAGCGCUUUUAAA